AUGAGCACGACACAUUCCGCCGACACGACGUGCUUCUUUCAAGGAUGCACGAGCAAGCCCAUGGAGGGCUCAGUCAAGUGCCAUUUCCACCGCAACCGCGGCCUUUGCCGCAUCAACAACUGCCGCAACCAAGUUUACGCGCGGAGCCUCUGUGUGCGCCACGGCGGCCGCCACCCCUGUGCGCACCCCGGGUGCUCGACGAACGCGCGCCUCGGUGACUUUUGCUGCCGCCACAGCAAGUACAAGAAGCUCUGCCACCACCCCGGCUGCACCAAGGUGAUCCAGAUCAACAAUUUGUGCAUUCGCCACGGCGGAAGCAAGCACUGCCAGUACGAAGGUUGCGCGACGCCUGCGCGGUGCGGUGGCUACUGCUGGCGCCAUCGCAAACACAUCAAGCACUUCAAAGACAGUGCCAAUGCGACGAAGGAGAUCCAAUCUGACGCCAACUGCAACGACACCACGCUCUGGGACCAGGGCCUCUUUGAUGCGAUCGCAGCCAGCGACGUGGAGAGCGCGUUGAGCUCGAGCCCUGAAGAUUUGGAUGCGUCGAUUUUGGACGUGUUGCUACGAUGUGACAGCCUAACAAUUGGCUCACCCGAUUCGCACGUGACGGUAGCAUGA